AUGGUGUUUAUCAACCAAGCAGGUGGUAGUGGUCAGACCUACAUCAGUACCACACCGACUCUAUCAGGUGGUAGUGGUCAGACCUACAUCAGUACCACACCAGCUCUAUCAGGUGGUAGUGGUCAGACCUACAUCAGUACCACACCGACUCUAUCAGGUGGUAGUGGACAGACCUACAUCAGUACCACACCGACUCUAUCAGGUGGUAGUGGACAGACCUACAUCAGUACCACACCGACUCUAUCAGGUGGUAGUGGUCAGACCUACAUCAGUACCACACCGACUCUAUCAGGUGGUAGUGGUCAGACCUACAUCAGUACCACACCAACUCUAUCAGGUGGUAGUGGACAGACCUACAUCAGUAUCACACCGACUCUAUCAGGUGGUAGUGGUCAGACCUACAUCAGUACCACACCGACUCUAUCAGGUGGUAGUGGUCAGACCUACAUCAGUACCACACCGACUCUAUCAGGUGGUAGUGGUCAGACCUACAUCAGUACCACACCGACUCUAUCAGGUGGUAGUGGUCAGACCUACAUCAGUACCACACCGACUCUAUCAGGUUGUAGUGGACAGACCUACAUCAGUACCACACCGACUCUAUCAGGUGGUAGUGGUCAGACCUACAUCAGUACCACACCGACUCUAUCAGGUGGUAGUGGUCAGACCUACAUCAAUACCACACCGACUCUAUCAGGUGGUAGUGGUCAGACCUACAUCAGUACCACACCGACUCUAUCAGGUGGUAGUGGUCAGACCUACAUCAGUACCACACCGACUCUAUCAGGUUGUAGUGGUCAGACCUACAUCAGUACCACACCGACUCUAUCAGGUUGUAGUGGACAGACCUACAUCAGUACCACACCGACUCUAUCAGGUGGUAGUGGUCAGACCUACAUCAGUACCACACCGACUCUAUCAGGUUGUAGUGGUCAGACAUCAGUACCACACCGACUCUAUCAGGUGGUAGUGGUCAGACCUACAUCAGUACCACACUGA